AUGCAUCCCAGUGCUCUGGUCGGCCUCUUAGCCCUCGCCGCUGCGGCCUCGGCCAUCCCUUCCAAUCCCCGACGCGCCCACUCGUCCUCAGUAUCCAAUCUGAAGUCGAAGAUCAAGAAAAUCGUGGUGCUCUACCAUCAAAGGCCUGGAGAACCCGAUCAACAAUGGACCUUUCUGCAGCCGUACAACGUUACCGAUCCUUCUGAGGGACACCGCUGCACCAUCGCUAGGGACUAUGAGGACUAUGACAUCGUCACCGAUGACCCUAGUCACGCUGUCACUGGUAACACUAUGGAGUUCUACAGCAACAGGACUCCCGACAAUGCAUUGAUCGCCGACGGAAAGCUGCUUCCCAACACUAAGGGUUUUAUCCACGAGCAGAUUCACAACUACGGCUCUUCUGCCAAUAAGUCUGUCUUGGCUCACCAAGUCAUGAAAUACUAUACCGAGAACCAAACUCCUGUUUUUACCUCCCUAGUGCAGAAUUAUAUCACUUUCAACGACUAA